AUGUCUUCCAAACCAGCCAUUGGCUUUGCCGGCCUGGGAGCCAUGGGCUUCGGCAUGGCAACGAAUCUCGUCAAGCAAGGAUAUGCUGUGACUGGUUUCGAUGUGUAUGCGCCAACUCUUGAGAAGUUUAAAGCAGCGGGAGGAGUACCUUCCACUUCACUCGCCGAAUCCGCGAGGGACAAACCGUUCUAUAUUGUAAUGGUAGCAACUGCUCAGCAAGCCCAGGCAGCUCUUUUCGAAAGUCCAGAUGGCGGAAUCGUAUCCGCCUUGCCAAAAGAUGCAACACUGCUGCUUUGCUCUACAGUUCCAAGUGCGUAUGCACAGGGUGUAGAAAAGCAAUUGAAGGAUGUCGGCAGAGACGACAUAUUCUUUAUCGACGCACCUGUAUCGGGAGGCGCCAUUCGAGCUGCUCAAGGUACGCUGUCGAUCAUGGCCGGCGCAUCAUCUGCUGCUUUCCAGAAGGGCCAAUGGCUUCUGGAAGAGAUGUCGGCUCCUAAGAAACUCUUCAUCGUUGAGGGAGGCAUUGGUGCUGGAAGUAAUAUGAAGAUGGCACAUCAAGUCCUCGCGGCUAUACAGAUUUUGGCUUUGAGCGAAGGCUUCGGGUUUGGAGCUAGGCUCGGCCUCAAUGGCAAAGAUAUUAGAGAAGCAGUGAUCGGUAGUGAGGCAUGGAGCUGGAUGUUUGAGAACCGAAGUACAAGAACGUUAACAGAAGACUAUUUUCCUGGUGCAAGUGCUGUAACGAUCAUUCUCAAGGACACUAGCAUAAUAACUUCCACAGCACGCCUGGUCAAUUUCCCCGCCUCCCUGAGCACCAUCGCGGAACAGGUAUAUUUCUCAGCAGUCGACCGAGGCUGGGGAGCGAACGACGAUGCCGGACUUGUACGUCUGUGGACUUCUGAACCGGUUGCCAACAUUCAGAGCACGUUAUCGGAUGAGGAUAAAAAGGCGAAGAUUGAUCUAGUCAUCAGUCUGUUGACAGGUAUUCAUCUUGUCGCAGCUGCUGAGAGCAUUGCAUUCGCGAAACACGUCGGACUGCCAUUGGCGCAGCUAUACAAAUUGGCUGUAGAUGCUGCAGGUGGGAGCGCGAUGUUCAAAUCCCUCGGUCCCAACAUCAUUGAGAUUUUGGAAGGAAAGGGAGGCGAAACAUCAAGUUUGAAUAGCUAUUUGAACAGAUUGAAGGAGGCAGUCGGUGCGGCACAGAGCAUCAGGAGUCCAGUCUACCUCGGUAGUGGUGCACUCAAUCUCUUGGUCGCUGCUGGCAAGGAAUUGACAUUAGCAGAGUUGCUGAAACUCUAUACUGUAAAUUAG